AUGGGCCAAGUCGCGACAAGACGAAAAAAGGAGGCCAACGGCGCAGGAAUUAGAAGUGAUUUGUCGUCAUUCUUCAUCGCGUUCCAGCCCAGCAAAGUCCCUCUCGCGCCGUUGAGGCAAGCCGUGGCCAUGGCCGUGACCACGGUCGCGGUCGCGGUCGCGGCCACGAUCCAAGACAAACCACAUGUCGCCGGCUCUCCGACGUCAUAUCCCGACGUGGAAAGGAACCGGCUGGGCCCAGCUGAAGCCCGAGCACUCACGGCCAGUGACAAGCAGUGGCCAGAGGGACACUGCCCUGGAGGUCUGAGCAGGACACACUCAGCACACUUGGCGAAGGGCCGCGCGGGCGAGCAGUGA